AUGGCUCACUACUCUCAACGCAAAGACAUUCUUCCCCUCACCGGCGGCUGCGCUUGCGGUCUUAUCCGCUACCAGCUUACUCUCCACCCCCUUAUAGUUCAUUGUUGCUACUGUACUACAUGCCAGCGUCAAACGGGCUCUAUUUGCGCCCUCAAUGCUGUCAUAGAGUCCACCGCCCUGACUCUCCUCCCUUCAGCACCCCCCACCAUCGUUGGUUCUUCUUCCAACCCGGACCCUGUCCCCGCUGCUGUUCAGCCCGCCUUUGCACGUCUUACAUCCGCAGAGUCAACUACACGUGAACCUCGCCCCGAAGCCGAACCCUUGUCUGUGUGUCUUCCUACAGCAUCUGGCGUGGGACAGACACUUGUUGGAUGUCCUGUGUGCCAUACUGGUCUGUGGAAUUACUACGCGGAUGCUGGGCCUCAUCUGUCAUAUGUUCGCGUUGGGACCUUGGACAGGCCCUGGGAUAUUCAGCCGGACGCCCACAUUUACACGCAGAAUCGUCAGAGUUGGGUAACUGUCAACGAUGGGAAGCCAUCUUUUGAGGGUUAUUAUACCAGGCGUGAGGACUACCUGAGAGAUGAUGCCCUCGAGAGGUAUGAGGCGCUCAAGCCGCAGGUUACUGAGAUGAAGGCAGAGCUAAUGGUCGGCUGGGAGUGAGUUACGAAUGAAAGUAUAGCAACGAUGAGAGAAUAGCACAAUGCAGAUCGCGAAUUGUUACAAGUAUUGUUUAUAGCUGCGCUCGAAGACACGCAAUGUCAUUAAAGCCA